ACGAAACAAAACAGCAGCGUACAGUAGAGACGGGCGGGGGGCGAAGCGUCAGGAUCCUCAUCGUGAUGAGCAUCGCAGGGACACAAACAUCCAAAGUGUGACCGAUGCGUGAGAAAGUGGGGAUUGAUUUGGUUGUUAGGGCUGAAGCUGGUGAGUGUUUCUGCACCGGAUCCACCGAGUCAAGCAACAACGCGGCGUCAGACGGCGACGCCGUUUUCCAACAUCCACCGAGCAGCAUCACUGGCGGCGGGAGAAAUUCACAAACAGGGGCUGGUCAUGGGCUUGUACUUUUGGUAACACAGCAUCAUAAACAAUCUCGCCGUCCACCAUGGGUUCCAGACUGAGCAGGCAGGGCAGCCUGGACAACGAGAAUUUCUCCAAGAAGCAACGCAAGCCCCUGGAUAGCACCGGACAGAGCGGCAGGGGCGGAGGGGACUUUCUGUUUGCACUGAUGCUGAAAUCCGACAAACUACCUGGGAUGCUGCGGAAGAGCAACCACAGCCCCUACGUGAGGAGAGUGGCGUGGAUCAAGGAGAUCCAGAAGCUGCUCCGUGAACGCAGAAUGGAGCAGGCGACAGACGUGCUCAAACUACUGAGGAAGGACCUGGGUUUGGAAGGCACCUCGCUAAACGACAUCUUGUACAAAAACGCUGCUUUCCUUAACCUUGUGGAUCCAAUCUCACAUGAGCUGCUGCUCAGCUUGGCUCGGGAGAUGCAGUGUCCAAAGAAGGACGCAGACAUAAUAAAGUCUUCGGAUAAGAUUUGCAGACAGCUGAUCUACCACCUGACCCCGCACUCAAAGUGGCUGCGGCAGAGCAUGUCCAGACGGAAAUCCCAGGCCUGCCUGAAGACAACUCUGCAGAAAAAGCUGUCCGGCGACAGCAUUGACUUGUCUGGAAUCCCUCUGUCCACUCGUGACGUCCGACAAGUUGCCUUCUAUGUCCAAAACAACAGGGACAGUUUAGUGGCCGUAGACGUCAGCUUCACCGAACUCAGUGAUGACAACCUGAGGCUCCUCCUGCCUCUUCUUGCCUCCCUACCCAAACUCGGUACUCUGGCUCUGAAUGGGAACCGACUUACCCUGGCUAUACUCAAAGACCUCACUGAAAUGCUCAAAGACCCCAAAAAGUUCUCCAGCCUGGCGUGGAUCGACCUGGGCAACAACGUGGAUAUUUUUACCAUGCCUCAGCCGCUGCUGGUUGCCCUGCGUCGGCGCUGCAGCCUCAAGAGCAGUCUGCCAACAAUCUACGAAUACACAGAGGGUCAGCCUUACUCUUACCACCUUGAGACCUCUAUUGAGGAGCCCAGCCACUAUGAGGAGGAAGAAGAGGAGGACGUAGAGGAAGAGAAUGAAGAGGAGGAGGAUGUGGAGUGUAAAUUUGAGUUGGAGCCGUGGGGUUUAGGGGAGAAGCAAUUAUCCAAAAAUUUCACUCUUCACUACUGUGAGAGGUGAUGGAGUGCUUCCUGUCCAAGAUUUCUUCAGCUGUGGUUGAAAUGAUGUCCCACAGCACUCAGUUACCUCCUUUUCCCUCUUGCCCUCUCACUACGAGCCCAGUCACCUUUAGAGGCCCAACACGGCUACCAAGCUACUCCUAACCAUCUCUGAGUUAACCCACACAAGACAGUGACAUUGAAGUGGAGGCAAACUUACUGUGUUGGUGGAUGGUGCUCUUGGGAAUAAGAUGCGGUUUCAUUGGAGGGGGGCUGGAAGAGUUAAUGAACCAGUGGUCCCUCUUUCUGUCACUCUCUCUGUGUGUGUGUGUGACAGUGGCAGCCAAGGAGCCAGUUUCAAAAGGAUUUAUAUCAGAGGGUUGGAUGAAGGAGUCGCAUCCCGGCAGCAGCUGAAGAGGAGCUGAAGUUAGUUUGGAAAGUGAUGGUCCCUCUGGGUUGUCUACCAGGACUGAGAAUGUCUCUGUCGGGCAGAGGGCCUAGCUCCACAUUGUGUGUUCUCUGUUAAUCUCUCAACAAAAGCUAUGACACAAGUUCAACAGACUAUACAGCCGGCACGCCACCACGUGACUCCGGCAAAAGUGCUUGGUCGACUUUUUGCGGGUCCCCCCCCCCAUUCCAAAUGUUCACUUGUGAAUGCUCCGGUGUAGAUGGAAAGUGAGGACACCAAACAAAACAUCUGUUGUGUUUCCACAGUUUUUUUUUUUGCGCACUUUAGAGAACAAAGCAAUCUUAGAAGGCAACAAGUAGGGCUUGACAAUGAAUAGCUGUCACUGAUUGUUUUUGUACUCGCCAAAGCGAUUCAUCUCUUUCUAACUGUUGAGAUGCUUAUGUGAUAAACACAGUCUCUUAAGCAUUCAUGACACUAACACUAACUUGAUUUGGUUCACUGAGUUAAAGCAGUGCCCAAAUGACCUUUUACUGCCAUUUGUUUCUACAGGUGUUGUUGUUUCUGUCUGAUGUUGCUGUACAUCAGUGACCCUGUGUUUUUUGACUGUUAUCUAUCUGUUAUAGUGUCUGUAGUGGCACAUAAGGAAGAAAUGGGAUGAGCAAAACAGUGCAGACCACUUCGAGGCACUGUAGCGUUAGCAUUUCUCUUUCACCCUUGCAUAUACUCUGCGUACAUUGCUCAUACUUAAACAUUUGCAAAGCAGAACCUGCUAAUUUAACUCUCAUCGUGUCGUUUAGCACAUCUUUGUGUCAAACAACAAAAAAAUGGUCUCAGAUGUCAGACUUUAGAUAUUAAAAAACAACAGGGAUCAGAAAAAUAAAGCUUUUAAUUAUCUGUAGUUUCUUGAUUUCUGGUGCUUUUUCCUUUUAAAUCCUGCCAUCUGAGGCUGUUUGGUUUGAAGUCUGAAGAUUUUCUCUUGAGACUGGCAGAUGUCCUAAAAGGACAUCAGUCUCAUGGCUGAUGAUUGUUAGAAGGAUCACUAAAAUUUCACCAGAUGUAUAAUAAAUGUGUUAAUCUGUGUUAUGUGUUUGUAACAGUUGCUUCCGUAAUUAUUCGCAUACUAGUUUUGGAGUUUUGUGUCUCGUCUGACUCCGUAAUUGUAAUAAUCAGUAAUUAUGAAGCUGAGCCCAACGACCUCUGGUAGCUGGUUUGAGCAGUAGAUAAAAAAGUAGGUGUGGCUGAUUGGAUAAUGCAAUAAGGAGGAAAAUAGCUCAGUAAAUGUUAUUUAGAGUAGACACCAUUAACGUGGAAUGUUUCAUUUGAAUGUUGUAAUGGACAAAGCUCCUGUGUCUACUUGCUUUGUGUUUUGUCUGUUUAACUCUUCUGUGUUGUGUUCUCUGUAUAUUUGUUCCAUGCCAAAUGACUCCCAGUAAAAGAUUCACUCUAAGCUCA